CGCCCGCCCGGGGCUCCGGGCACGGUUCGGCUCCGCGGGGCGGUGACGACCGGCGCCCUACCAUUGGCUGUCCCGCCGGGGCGGCCGCUCGGAGGAGUUUUGAUUGGCCCGCGGCGGGCGAGCUGCUCGCUGAUUGGCUGCAGGGGUUCGUGACGAGUGAGGGCGGGGAGGCGGUGCGUUCGGUCCUCGUGUCCGUCUGUCUGUUCUUCCGCAGUGUGUCUGCACUCCGCUCCCCCCGCCUGCUGCCGGGCCCCUGGGACACCCCUGGCUGCCCCGUGACCCGCUCCCGGUGUUCCCUUCUCCCCGGUGCCUCAUCAGCGUGAGCGGAGCGUGCGCAAUGUUUUGGAGCCCCUCAGUCAAGGGUCGUCGUAAUCAUGGUUGACUCCACUGCUUUAAUCACAGAUAAUUGUGUGAUGCUCUGCUCGUCCCUGUGCAGUGUCAGGAAAUGGACUGGGACCAAUUUGACUUGAACCCUAGAACAGUUGCUGCCUUGAAGAAAGCUGACAUCAAAUCAGUAAAAGAGAUUUUAAACCUUUCUGGAGCAGACUUGCAAAGAUUGAUGAAGCUCUCCAGUGCAGACAUACAGUGCCUGCUGAAAACGGUCUCUCUCACGCUGAGGAGGAACAGCAUGGUCACAGCACUUCAGCUCUACCAAGAUAAUGAUCAUCUCACCUCCCAACACCAGAAGCUGAGCCUGGGAUGUUCAGUGCUGGAUAACUUGUUAAAAGGUGGCAUUCCUUUAGUGGGAAUCACAGAGCUUGCUGGGGAAAGUUCUGCUGGGAAGACUCAGAUUAGUUUACAGCUGUGCCUGUGUGUGCAGUAUCCUUACAAAUAUGGUGGAUUAGAGUCUGGAGCUGUCUACAUUUGCACAGAAGAUGCAUUCCCAAGUAAACGUUUGCAGCAACUCAUAGGCCAACAACAUAAGCUGCGUGCAGAUGUUCCAGCUGAAAUCAUACAGAAGAUCAAAUUUGGAAACAGUAUUUUUGUCGAGCAUGCAGCAGACCUAGACACCUUCCACAAGUGCAUCACCACGAGGCUUUCCCUGCUGCUGGCGAGGGGGAUGGUGAGGCUGGUGGUCAUCGACUCCAUCGCCGCCUUGUUCCGCUGCGAGUUCGGGGCUUCGGAGUCCGUCAUGAAGGCUCGGUAUUUGCAGACCUUUGGAGCACAGCUUCACAGUUUAAGCACAAGAUUCAGGACUCCAAUAAUGUGCAUUAAUCAGGUGACAGAUGCAGUGAGCGAGUUGGAAGCUGCUCAGUGCAGUUGUAGGGUAGUGGGUAACAGAGUUGUUCCAGCACUUGGAAUAACCUGGGCAAAUCAGCUGCUGAUGAGACUGAUGGCCAGCCGGAUAUCCCUGCCUGGACAAGCAUCUGGAGUGGCAUCACACUGCACUGGAAGUGUGAGGACUUUAAGGGUAGUUUUUGCUCCUCAUCUCCCUCCAUCCUCUUGCUACUAUACAGUACAGUUGGAAGGUGUAAAAGGGAUAAAAUAACUCCUUUGCAUAGUGAAGUAUUCUGCUCAAAAAAAGGUAUCAGAACUAUGAUUCAGGAAGAAUUACUAGUAAAAUGCAAUUCCUCCUAGAUGAGAGAAGUGGAUGGUCAAGUAUGUGAACAAUGGUAUGACUACAUUUAGCCUUGUCUGCAUUGUGAAAGAUGCUUUUACACUUGAAUAUUCGUCUUGUCCUGGUGAGAGAAGUGUUCUGGAGGAGGGAAGCUGUGGGCAGCUGGAGGCUGCACAGUGAAGUGGGAUGUGGCAACCCCCAUGUUGGGGGACACCUGAUGUCUAAUUUUAUUUUAAUAACAUACUAAUCUAGAACCAGCAUUUACUGCAGUUGUGUACCCUGUUUCCAGACCCAGAGGGACUCAACUUCAGUCAGUUAAUGUUGCCUGCUAGUGGUUCUGGGCCUCAUGCUGCCAUUAAGGAUAGCUGUUCAUUGAAAUAACACAAGGCAGCUUUGUCACGAAGCAGCUGUCCUGUUUUAAAACCACUUUUUAUUAAUAUUUGGAUUUUAAGAAAUACAAUACCAGAAAUGUACUUGAUUUUAACACCUUACUGUAAGAUUUAAAAUUGUACUGCCUUUGUACUAGAUGGGCAUGUUCAGCUUCAUAGCACUUCUACAAUUUUUCCUAAUGCUUUAUUUCCACUCUUUUCUUGCUUUUCUGUCCCCCUCCCUUCAUAGCAAAAGCCUCUUUAGCCUCUUUCAUUUGAAAAAUACUGAACCACAGCCCCCAUCCCCUUGCUCUGUGGUUACAAAGCUCAGGUCUGUCUUUUGGCCAGGGUACACUAUAUUAGUGAAACAGAGACCUCCUCUACCUUUUCCCAGUCAUCCUCUUUCAGGAUAAAGGCAGCCAUCCUUUCAUGUGGAAGCACGCAGCUGGGCAGCAGAAAGGAGGAAUUCUGUCUGGCUGUAGGCUGGCUCAGCUGGAAAUCCUUGGCAGAAGACUUCUCAGGGGACAACUAUGACUCAAGGAAAAGAGACCCCGUGUGACUGCCUUGGGAAGCUCCAGAGAACAGGAACAAUCACAGCUUGAAGCUGAAGGAAGGAAACUGAGCAAGCAGAAAGGAUGAGUUGCUUUCAGUGCUUCUGCAACCCCUUCAGGUAUCUCAGGGGACCUUGUGCAAAUAGCACAAGUUUUCUCUAAAUUGCUUUUCUAAAGCGUCUUAAUUUUCUGUAUUUGGAAACGACUGUGCUUGAUGGUGUUUUUUAAUAAAAUACAACCAUGAACUUUAGAAGCUUUUGUGUACUCUAAAGAAAAAGUGAGAGUGCCACAGUUCAGUGUCAUGGCUACCUCUUCAAAUCCCUCCCUUCUGUGCCUCCUUGCUGACAAUUCAAUGAAGAUCAACUACUGCAGCACAGGUAACACUCCAGUUUUUUCCUCUUCUGUCCCUGGCCUGUGUAUCUGGGACUGGAACAGUACCCAAUAUAAUGCUCAUUCUACUACUGACUGGAAAAAAAAAAGCCAGAGUGAGAUGUAGCUGAUUAUUGUGAGUCAGUCAACUCCUACCUGGACAUUCAUUACAGAGGAGCCUCAUCAAACUCAGGCUCCAAUCCCAGGAGUUGGCUUCACUGUGUUCUGAACAUGGAUCAGUCUGAUACAUACACACCUUAAGGAUCAGUCUGUAAUAUUUUGAUCAUUCUUCUGCAAGGAAUGAGCCAUAAGCAUUAAAAGUCAAAGAUGAGUCUGUAAUCAAAGUCCCAGUUUACCUGGUGAAAAACACUUUUACCCUGAAAGUGAAGUAACAUUUUGCCCGAGCAGGUCUUCCUGUCAGUCAUUGCCCGUGCUGGUUCUUAACUCUCCAGCUGAGUCAGAACAAUUACAGUUUGUUUUCUGGCUCAUCAUCACACACAAACCCUGAACCUCUCAAAUCCAACUGACCCCUUCAGCUCACAGCCAUCAGCUGGUCACCUGUAAGUGGCUGAAUGUUCAUCUCCAGAUCCUGCCCCGUCCCUCAGUCCCACCCCCAUCCAGCCUGGAAUGUCAUCUGACACAAGUGCAGCUUUGGGGCUGCAAACCCCCAUGGGAACUGAACAAAGCAUCUGCCUGCUUUGAACCCUUCUGUCAAAAGGGUUGUAAGAAGCAGAAGUUUAAUAAAUGCAAUUUAAGAACCUUCCCUUUAUACAGCUUUAUUCAUCUUUGGGUUUCACAACUGAGAUUUGUUUCUAUACAAGAAAAAACUGAAGUAGUUUUUACAAAGAUGAUUUACAUUCUAGAAUGUAUUAAGUCUUUAUCCUGCAAGACUACAUUUAAAUAUUUCUCUACACUUUGAAAAGAAACAUUAAAUGACACUUGAAAAACUUUUAAACAUUUCAAAUUAAACUACAGAUCUGUGAUGUAUUUGAAGAGGCAUUUUUCAGCAGAAAGAUCAUAUUCUAUGUUCGUUGCUUUGGAAAAGGAGAAUCAAAUUCAUUUGUACUUGGUAAAGAAUUUACACAACUGACCUAUUAACAAAACAGAUGUAGUAAAACAUUCUAAACAAUUUCAUUACAAGUUUCUUCAAAUCACAGUGAUUUGCUACUGUGUUACAGAUAACAUUUGUGGAAGUGUAUUUUCAACACAGUUUUAUGGGGUAAGACAGGCAGGUGAACUCUCAGUGGGAUUUCAUCCACAGCUGUGAGGAGCAGUAACUACUCAGAUCAAAUGCAGCAUCUGAAAGCCAAUCUUGGAAGGUUUAUUUAUCUUUUUUAAAUCAAAUAUGAAAGUCAUAUAUGGGGAUGAUCUCCUCAAUAAGGAUACACUGACAUUACGAACGCUCUUCUAGUUUUGCUUUUGCUGGGUUUUGGGUUUGUGAACAGUUGGGGCCAUGGGGAGGGGAAUAAUCCAAUGCAGUUGUUCCAAGAUUUCCCUCAGUUCUAACUAUUUACAAAAGAACUAAAAGCCAGUGUGUACUUCUCUAAGUCGGUGACAAUGAAACUUCACAGCAGCACAUCUUUGAACAUUUAUUCUCUCAGUACAGACUAACAUGACCAAAAAUGCAAUUCUCUUAGCAGCCUUCAGACACAAUACAUGACCUGCACAACAAAAGUAACUUAACACCACAUACUGUAAACACACUGCCAAAGCAGCACUGCACAGCCCUUUUACUAAAUAUGUACAAGUGAAACACACUACUUGCAAAAUUUCUGGAUUCAGAUGGUAUAAUUUAAGCAAAGAUACUUCUCAAGCUCAAACCAUUUUAAUUUACUACCAUUCAGGAGGACUUGGGGGGAUGGGGUGUCAUUUAUUUUAAUGUACAAACUGUAGACAUGUCCAACUGUUUUUGUGUUUUGCAAGUGCUGUUUUAUCACUGCAGUACUGCAAUCACCAUCACAAAUAUCACAACCAUAUGUUGGCUAUUCCUCCAGAAGAGAAGCAAAUAAUGAAACAGGUACAUUUUACAAGAAUACUUAGUAAGAUCUAAACUCAGGACCAAAUAUUGCCAAUAGUGGUAAAGACUGGCACACAACCAGAGACAGAAGAGCAACAAGCACCUUUCUGUCAGUUACAAUUCCAUGUAUGAUUCAUUCCACAUCCUGCUGUACACCCUGGGAUUCACCACUGUUCACAGACAAUCCAGAGGAACUGCCCUAACCUGGAGUUCUCAUGUUUUUCAUAAGUUCACCCUUGAAAUUCCGGUCAAGGACAAAAAUGCCAGAUUAAAACCACAACUGUUUACCAAGGCUGCAGUUUUCCUAACAAGAUGUCUGUCACGUCAUAAAGUCUUUUCUAGUUUUCUGUUUCAUCAGAGCUGUUGAUUUGUGCUGAAGACACCCAGGAAUUACACAAUUGGAUGUUCUGGAUGUAUUCUUUAUGCAGACUUAGCUACAACUGGAAUAGAGGAAACACAGAAAGAAAAUCUUGGAAAAAUAUAACUGAGAAGCCCAUCUGAAAUAUAAAUGUACACAAACCAUGCCCUGACAGUAACUCAUUCACAAUUCAAACUCAGGGAAUGUUGAUUUUAACUUGGUUUUUCUACUUUACAAGUUCUUCUCAAACUGCAAACAGCUCACUGGCUCCUAACAGUAAGGACUUGGCUACCAUUCUUGGGGAUUUAUGGAUUAAAGAAGUCUUGUAAUUUGUUUCUUCUCUGAAAAAAUGAAAACCUUUUAAAUGU